AUGAAGCCAGGAAAUAUAAACAACUUGUUAGCCAUUUGGUGUAUCAUAUUUUCCAUCUAUGAAUACGGCUACGUGGGAAGCCUCCGAAUCGGGCUUCGCAGAAACUACAGUCAGAGCCGCAACCCUGAUCAGUAUGGGGAAAGCGAAGUGGACUUCCGAACAAGUGGACAGCUAAGGGACUUGGGAAAGCACGCAAACAUUUUAUAUAACAAUAUUUCAUACAAUACCAAAAACGAGGCUUCAUUUCUUAAUCAGAAAAAACAACUUGAUGAUGAUGACGAUGACGACCUAGGGGAUUUAUACAUCGACGAUGAUGAUGAUGCGUCUACCGCUACGGGAGGCGGCUCUGCAACGAGUGACGACGAUGAUCUGGAACUUCCCGACAAAGACGAGGAGGGGGACGAAGAUGCCAAGAACCAGCAAAUCAGUCAGGACGACGCAGAGAGUAGCGGGAGAGAAGAAGGACUCAAAAAGAAUGUCAAACUGAGCAAACAGGAAAAACUCAUAGAAGAUAAAAAAGAGCAGACGAAUAAUACCUUUAAGAAGUAUCUCUUCAAGGACGACGAUGAAGAAGAGUCGAAAAAAAAAUUAUCAGGAAAAAGUAAAUCCCGGGACUCGAACUCCUUAGAUGACGAUAAUGACAAGGAUGACAGUGGUGAUGAUGAUGACAGUGAGGGAGAUAAGACGAGAUCCAACACUAGGGACGCAAUGAAGAAGGAUUUGAGCGUAUUUCCAGGCAUGUACUUUGCAGGAAUCGGAUAUGAUUCCCUCUUUGGAAACCCUUUGGGUGAAUCAGACUCUUUGACGGAUCCCGGCUAUAGGGGACAGAUUAUUCUGAUGAACUGGGAAUUUAGCAACAAAGGUGUUGCGAACGACUUGGCUACUUUGCAACCAUUGAAUGGAUGGAUCCGAAAGGAGAACGCCUGCAGUAGAGCAGAAUCGAUCAAGGAAUGUAGCAGCAUUUCGGACUACACCAAAAAUUUGACGGCGGAGGCGAGCGUGUCGGGAAGCUACAUGGGCUUCGGAGCCUUCUCGGCAUCCACCGGGUAUAAGAAGUUCCUCCAAGAGACUUCCAAGAGGACCACGAAGACGUAUUUGAUCAAGUCCAACUGUGUGAAGUACACAGUUGGCCUUCCUCCCUACGUGCAUUGGGAACAGACGACAGCCUUCAAAAACGCAGUCGAUGGACUGCCGCCCCACUUUAUAGGCCUAGAAGCAGAGAGCGAAUGUGCCUCUGAUGUCUAUGAGCAGAAGAAAACAUCCGAGGAGUGCGAAAGUGUCCACGCGUGGAUUACAUUCUUCAAGACAUAUGGCACGCAUAUCAUUAUGGAAGCACAGCUGGGUGGAAAAAUCACAAAAGUCGUCCGCGUGGAAAACACCUCGGUGAACCAAAUGAAAAAGGACGGAAUCAGCGUGAAGGCGCAAGUAAAGGCGCAGUUUGGCUUUGCUAGCGUAGGCGGGUCGACAAAUGUCAGUUCCGAUAAUUCGUCCAAAACGAACGAAAACAAUUACGAGAUGAGCGAACAACUAGUUGUGAUUGGAGGGAACCCAAUCAAGGAUGUCACGAAGGAAGAGAAUUUGUACGAAUGGUCAAAAACUGUAUCUACGAACCCAAUGCCAAUAAACAUAAGGCUGCUACCAAUUUCAACCAUCUUCGAAUCGGACGAUUUGAAGAGCUCAUACGAGAAGGCCCUCAUUUACUACACCAGGCUGUAUGGAUUUUCCCCUCAUGACACGAUGCAGAAGGACGAGAAGGACAUAGUUAAGAUUCUGACCGCUUCGACGACAGUCACCAACAUUGGCGCACCCCCCAUAAGCGCAGAAUGUCCACACAACAUGGUGGUCUUAUUUGGCUUUGUAAUCAGGCAGAACUUCUGGGACCACACGAACAAAUUACGUUCAUACGAAAUGGAAAUCUGUGAAUCUGGAAUGAGUACCUGCACGUCCAAACAGGGAAGUACAAACAAGUAUGAUGUGUCCUACACGUAUAUCGAAUGUGGUGCCCAAGCUUUACCGUUCAUCGAGCAGGUGGUCAACGUAAGUGGUACCACUUACAACUCAUUGAAAUGCCCAAAUGAUUAUUCUGUUUUGUUUGGAUUUGGAAUGGCUACUUCUUCUGGCAAGCACCAAUCGGCUCUCUACACGUAUUUCACUCCUUGCCGACCAGGCAUGAAAAGCUGCUCCCUAAACAUGAACAACCAAGAUGACAAGAGCUACAUAUAUCUGGUCUGUGUAGACGCAACCAUAUGGACUGGCUUGAACAGUCUGUCGCUGAUCGCCAAGGAUGAUUUACACACGCCUGUUAACAAGUACAAGCAAUUUAAUGAUGGUGAAUUAAUUGUUACAUGCCCUUCGGAAGGAACCAUAUUGACGGGAUUUUAUGGUGAGACCCAUACCUCCAGUCCUUAUGUGAAAGCACCCUUUGGAAAAUGUGCCAAGAGUUUAAAGGCUUGUUCAGUUCAUGGCUGUGGACAGGCAAUCGGCAUGCACAACUACAGAACGUUGUUCGUGGUGGCACUGUGCAAGAAUGACUAG